AUGGAAAUUACUUUGAAGAGUGGAAAAGAGCUUAGUGAAGAACCUUUAAAGAAACCUAAGGAGGUAGAUGUUGAUUUGGUUCCUAAACAGUUCGAGAAGUACUUGAAGGAUGUGACCACUAACAACGUUAAGCUGCAGGAUAUUGAGACAGUAGCACUCACUGAGGAGUAUAGCUCUGUGGCGAUGCAAAAGAUGCCCAAAAAGCUUAAAGAUCCUGGGAGCUUGAGGAAGCUGAGACCAAGCUCUUUGAUACUCCAGUUAGCAGACCGGUCGCUAUCCCAUCCUGAAGGAAUCAUAGAGGAUGCAGAUAAAAGAGUACCAGUCUUCUUUGGACAUCCAUUCUUGGUAACGGGAGGAGCUUUGAUAGAUGUGAGAGAGGACACGCUCACAAUAAGGCUGGAUGAUGAAGAUCCAAUUUUUAAAGUAUACAAGCCACUUAACACAUUAUCCCACUACAAAAAUUUAUGCAUAAUUGCAGUGAUUAAAGGGUAUAAGUAUGGGGUGGUGGAGUCUAUUCCACCAAAGACCUCUUCGGACUUCCUCAUUGAGUAG